AUGCUGAGACGCCUCCUUCACAGGCAUUCCAAGUCUCGGCGAGCUGCCAAAGUUUCGAGCCAUGAGCUAUCGGAGCGACAGGACGCAGACUCAAAAAUCAAAGCAAACCAUAAAACCACUGGUGAACAGACAUACGGGCCUGAGAAAGUAUCUACUGCCAAACCUCCUUACGAACCUGUUCCGGAUCCAAUCUCCGAGGCGGCUGCCAGCUCCACAGCGGCCAUAACCCCGGGCCACAAGCAGACUGAGGCAACUGCUACAGACAACAGCAAUGCACUGCUUGUCAAUGACCAGAGUGUUAACGAGUCGCUUUGGGACCAGGCAUACGCCGCCCUCGGCGCCGAAAAUAAGCGACUGGUGGACGAUUACGAGAAAAUACUCUCCAGGGAGUUGCCUACAGCAGAGCCAGCUCCAAAGGCAAAGGAAAAUAGCUCGUCAGUUGACGAGGAUAGCUUGGACGAGACCGGAAACUCCAUUGAGAAGAAUACCCAGGACCGUCAGAUGCAACUGCAAACGAUAAUCAAGAGUGGCCUGCAGCGAGUAGAAGAGAAGAAAAUCGCAUAUACAAUUGCGGGCCACGAGAUGGUCCUGGAGGAGCAGAUUGCACAGGCUGCGAAUUUGGUGCAAUGGGCGAAAGGAUUGAUUGAUGAGGCCGUCAAAGCCUCCCCGGAGGCUUCAUUAAUAUGGGCGGGCGUUUCCCUCAUUCUGCCGCUGCUCACCCAGCCGAGCGCUGCAGAGGCAGCAAGGAGAGAUGGAUUUACUUACGUGACUGCACGAAUGCGCUUUUAUGUGGCCCUUGAACCGCUCAUUCUGCCACGAGAUGCGGGUUCAAGCUCUCAUAAAACCUUGUCCGAGGAAUCGAAGAAGGAGUUCGAAGCCCACAUUGUCGAUCUUUACCAGCAUAUUCUUGAAUUUCAGCUGCAAAGUGUCUUGCAUUUCUAUCGCAGCCGGCGACGGAACUUUGGUAGAGCCAUAAUUGGAAAGGAUCAAUGGAAGCAGAUGCUGGAGCAAAUUCAGAAAUUAGAGACGAUCAUUCAUCUUGAUUUUAAGAAAAUCAAUGACUCUCGGGUGAGACAAGAACUGGAGAGUAUCAGCAAAAGUGCCAACCAGUCACUGGAAUGUCUCCAGGAGCUCGUGGCGGUUGCUGGAAAGCAACUUGAGACGCAGAAUGAAAUCCUACAAGUGAAUAAGCAGGGGUUUCAGGGCCUUAGAGAUCUGCUUUUUGACGUGCUCGACGCUGUCGGUCUCCCAGUGAUAGACAAUGCCCGCUAUAGAAGUGCUGAAGUACAGGACGAGGACAAGUGCCACGAACAUACCAGAGUCAGUAUUCUAAAGGAAAUCAUGGAGUGGACAGACUGCAUCACCAGCGAAUCGAUCUUCUGGCUGUCCGGCCCUGCGGGCACUGGGAAGUCGACCAUCGCCCGUACCGUCGCAGCUUCCCUGUUGAGUCGGUCCCGACUCGCAGCCGGAUACUUUUUCAACUCCAACACGAAUGAGCCGGGUCGUAACGACACAGAGAGAUUCUUUACCACAAUUGCUAGCCAGCUGAUUUCGUCAAUUCCAGGGUUCAAUGACCACCUCAGGAAGUCAUUAGGAAGGCUGAAAAGCGUCAACAUAGAAAAAUCCGCCAUUGAGGAGCAGUUCGAGACCCUUAUUGAAAUUCCACUGUCUCGCGCAGCCGCCGACGGAGCUGGACCGCAAAACCGCAUGUCCGGCGUCAUUAUCGUCGACGCCCUGGACGAAUGUGUGCGCCGUAACCACAUUCCCCGGAUUAUCAACCUGCUGCUACGCCUCCGCAACAUUCGCAAUAUCCAGUUGCGUGUGCUUGUCACAAGCAGAUCAUCACAUACUAUUUUGCACACGUUCAAGAGUCUUGACAAAUCUGCGAAUGCUUAUCGCAGAUUAGCCUUGGAGAAUGAUUUCAUUGAUGAGACCAAGGCCGACAUAUCCACCUUUCUGAGAUCACGCUUCGAAACAAUAAAGAUGGAUAGUGGCGUUUUAGAUGAUCCCUGGCCAAGGGAAGAGGAUUUGAAUCGUCUGGUCGAUUUAGCCACAACACCGUCGCCCUUGUUUGUCUACGCGGCGACUGUUUGUCGCUUUGUCUACAAUGGAGAAAACGAACUGGAUGAUCCUCUGGAGCGACUCUCACGCUGGCUGGAGCAGUGCGACAGAAACGCCUCGCAGCUGCGCCAGAUUUAUGAACCUAUCCUAAACGAGUACUUUUCCAGCGGACAGAGACGCGAUGUCGAUAUGGAGCGCGAUAUCAGCUCUCAGAGACAGCAGGGAAUGAGGAUUCUAGCGGCUCUUGUCCUUGUUGCGACCCCUGUCUCAGCCGCAGUCCUGUCGAGUCUUCUGGCUAUUCGCAGAGAUAUCGUCACCCGUUACCUUCGAAAACUUCACGCAGUCCUGACCCUUCCUGAUGGCCAAGACGCGCCGAUAACCCUACUGCACAAGUCUUUUAGCGAUUUUCUCCUGGAUGACACAGAAAGGGCCCACGAUUUCUAUCAAGUAGACAGCGCGGAGACGCAUCGUAUACUAGCAACAAGGUGCAUUGAAAUAAUGGAGGCGACGCUCAGGCGAGAUAUCGGCAACAUUCAAGAUCCUAGCAAGCCGCUUGAGGACGUCAGGGAUGUUGUCACCCGGAGUAUCCCCUCUGAGCUCUGGUACGCUUCCCUUUACUGGAUUCAUCACUCUGUGGAAGGCGAACAACACAAUGUGGACGAAGACAGGAUCCUCACCUUUCUAGAGAAUCAUUUCCUUCACUGGGUGGAGGAUGCAAUGGGGACGAGAGCUCAAUGGGAUCCGUGCCUUUCAACCUUGGAUAUAAAGGUGGUGCCCGGUGUAGGCCUUGUUUUCUCACCAAACAGCCAAAUAAUCGCCUGCCCCUUGUUCGAUGAAAUAACGCUCUGGGACGUGGCUACUGGUGCUCACCAACGGACUCUCCAAGUGGACUUUGGGGACGCGGAUUGCCUGAACGCUAUUUCCUUCUCCCCUGACGGUGAAUGGGUUGUGCAAGGAACAGAUAACGGGAGAGUAGUGAUUUUCGAUGUGACGACCGGCUCUAUCGAGCGGAAAUUCGAGCUUGAGGAUAGUGUGCUCCGUGUUAUCUUCUCGCCCGAUGGCAAAAAGCUCGCAGCGGUCACGAGCCGCCAGAUCAUGCUCUGGAAUAUGGAAGUUACCGCUUCCGUGGUCUCUUUAAUGGUCCCCUCUCCAUUAUUCAUAAAAGAAAUUGCAUUCUCCGGUGAUAGCAAAAUUCUGGCCUCAGUUGUAGGUGAAGGCCUUAUCCAGCUUUGGGAUGCGGAAACAGGCGCCCGAUUGCAGCCGCUACAAAUUCCCGAUAUUUCUGUGAAGUUUCCCGGCUAUGAAUCUGGUAUCAGGGCUAUCAAGUUCCUCUCAGGCGACAGAAGGCUUGCGGCGGUGCUCAGCGCAGAAAAUACUAUUGUGACCUGGGAUCUGACGAAAGAUGCCGGUCCCCAAAGGCAGACCAUGAACAGCAAGCUUCUGACUCAGGUUCAUUCUGUGGUGUUCUCGCCGGAUGGGGAACUGAUAGCCUUUGAAGGUCUCGAUGUUCUGGUGUUUUGCGAUACUGCAACUGGCGCCGAACGCCACGUUUUCCCAAGCGGACCAGAGUACGGCUACGACCUUACUAUCUCUCCCGACUCAAAAAUAUUCGCAACAGCCAGCAGCGUGGUGUGGCUCUGGGACCUGACCGCGGACAGUGGGAUGUUCGCAAGCAAAGCCCGAGAAAUCACUGCGGUGGGCAUUUCAGCAGAUGGAACGGUGAUUGCAAUGAGCUUCACGGACCGUAUCGUGGAGGUAUGGGAACCUGCUACCAGGGCACUUCGACAGCAGUUUGAGUUCACGGAAUGGGCUUCACUCAUAUCCCUCUCUGAUAACCAUCAGAUGAUUGCAGUAGUAAUCAAAUAUAACAAGCUAGAGGUUUGUGACAUCCGCACUAGGGACUUAUUGUUCGUUGUUGAGUUCGAUGAUGCGAGCCCAAAGUCUGUGGUUCGUCAUGCGAGCUUCUCCCAUGACGGCCAACAAAUUGCAGCCUCGAACCACAAUACGGUGUGGGUUUGGAAUGUGGCUACCGCUGCCCUGAAUUUCAGUGUGGAUAUACCCCAGUCUAGCAUCCGCGACUUGACCUUCUCCUCAGACGAUGGCACUAUUGGGAUUGCAUACUAUCACGUUUAUGAAAGGUCACAUGGGGUCAAGACAUGGGAUGUUACGACAGGGGCACAUGUGAGCACAGUGAACUACAGCUCGUUGUCCAACUAUUACUUUCUCCGAGAGCCGCACAAUGAGCCGACAGACCGUUCUGGUCCAAUAAGCUUGAGCCCACAUUCGCCCGACACCUGGGAUGAACUCGCGAUCAUGAUAUCAGACAACUGGGUGGUCAGAGGUGGCCAGAAACUCCUCUGGCUGCCAGCCGGUAAUAGGCCGACUCACUGGGGCAGCGCUCACCUCGUGGCCAACAGUCCAGAUGCAUUGGUCAUAGGCCAUACACGCGGGCAAUGGACAUUCAUCAAAUUUUCCUUUCUCUGA